UUGCUGGGUUAUGUUUCAGGUUUCUGCCAAAUUAAUGAACUUUCGGAACAUUUGUUUGCGUGUCUAGUUUUUGAAAAUUAUUUAUUUUUUAGGCCUUUUCCGAUUAAUGUAGUGCCAUUUUUGCGGACAAUGAAGUACCUAAAUCUACUGGUGCUCUUUUCCAUGUUGGUAUGCUUAAAGCCAAGUGUAUACUCAGCUAGACAAAACGAUAAGAAGCUAUUUAUCGAGAAUCUCACCGAAACGAAAGAUCUGAAAAAGCUGUUGCGGACCAAAACAAACGUUCUGGUUUGUUUUUACAAUUCGGAGAAAAAAGCUCAAAGCAUUUUAAGUGUGCUACGCGAUGUGGCGAAGAAUGUUAAAGGCGAGGGCGUCAUUGCAACCAUCAACUGUGCAGGGGAAGCAAAGAAGCUGUGCAAGAAGCAAAAAAUUCCCCGAGAAGAACCGUUUGUGUUGAAGCACUAUAAAGAUGGGGAAUUCAAUAAGGACUACGAUCGCAGGUUUAACGAGAAGUCGGUGACUAAUUUCAUGAAGGACCCGACUGGGGAUUUGCCGUGGGACGAAGACGAUUCUGCCAAGGAUGUGGUUCACAUUCCUGAUCCAACGACCCUAGCGAAGUUUCUAAGGAAGGAGGGUAAACCGAUUUUGAUCAUGUUCUACGCCCCAUGGUGUGGCUACUGUAAAACGCUCAAACCCGAAUACUCAUUGGCAGCAACUGAUUUGAAAGACCAAGCGGUGCUCGCUGCUGUUGAUGUAAACCGGCCGGAAAAUGCGGUCCUGCGGAACCAGUAUAACAUCAGCGGGUUUCCUACAUUGCUCUAUUUUGAGAAUGGCGCAUUGAAAUACACCUUCGAGGGCGAUAAUAAAAGGGCGUCAUUGGUGCAGUUUAUGAAAAACCCUACAGCCCCAGCGGUGAAAGUGAAGGAACCCGACUGGUCAGAAUCCAUCAGCGAUGUGGUUCAUUUAUCUUCAGCCAACUUCGACGCCAUCCUCAAGGAUGACGCCUCUGUGCUGGUCAUGUUUUAUGCUCCAUGGUGCGGACAUUGCAAAAGAAUGAAGCCCGAAUACGAAUCAGCCGCCGCUCAAAUGAGGGAAGACGGGAUUGUAGGUAUAUUGGCUGCAGUGGAUGCCACUAAGGAACCAUCGGUGGCAUCGCGAUUCAACGUGAAAGGCUACCCGACAGUGAUUUACUUUUCCCAUGGAGAGCAACUGUACAAGCCCAAUGUGAGGGAAGCCGCUAAAAUCGUCGACUUUAUGAGGGACCCCAAAGAGCCACCGCCGCCGCCGCCACCAGAAAAGCCUUGGAGCGAAGAAGCAAGCGAUGUUAUUCACUUGACUGAAGAGAGCUUCAAGUCAGUAUUGAAGAAAAAGAAGCACGCCCUGGUCAUGUUUUAUGCCCCGUGGUGCGGCCACUGCAAGAAGGCAAAGCCCGAAUUCACGGAAGCAGCGGCAGAAUUUCGAGAUAAUCCGCGAGUGGAAUUUGGCGCAGUGGAUUGCACAGUAGAAUCCUCCAUCUGCACGGCCUUUGAGGUCACCGGCUAUCCGACGCUGAAGUAUUUCAGUUAUUUCAACAAAAAAGUGCUGCCCUACAAUGAAGGACGCACGAAAAAGGACUUUGUUCAAUACAUGUCCAACCCGAUGCAGAUCGUCAAUGUAUCGAACGCGGCUCCUGCUGAAGAAACCUGGUCUUUAGACUCGGCAAUUUUGCGACUGGACGACAGGAAUUUUAGCGCGGAACUUCAGAAGAACGACUUUGUUUUAGUGAUGUUCUACGCCCCAUGGUGCGGCCACUGCAAACGAAUGAAACCCGACUACAUCUCAGCUGCUCAACAGUUGGAAGCUGAAGGGUUGAAAAAAUGCCUGGCCAUGGUGGACUGUACGGAAAAUCCAGAUCUAAUGGAAAAAUACGAAAUUCAAGGGUUUCCGACGAUUAAGCUGUUUAAGAAGGGCGCAUAUUUAGCUGAUUAUAAAGGCAAAAGAACUGCGGGGGAUAUCAAGCAAUUUAUCAGGCAGUAUUACACAAGCAGGGACGAAUUGUAGGCGUCCAUAUGCAAGUAUCGACUGAACAUCGGAGCGAAAACGCUUUUUUUAAGUAAAAACUGGUAGGGUGAAACAGCAAAAAAAUAAUAGAAACCGGCCUUUUCCAAAAGUGUGCACUCCACUGCCAGUAAAACGCCAAGCGCUUUUCCAACAACGUGAAUCUCACAUUCCCUUAGGGUUAAACCACUGUAAAGUUAGUAUUAACAUCACUCUCUGCUACCUAAUUAUUUAACUCGACUUUUGCCGCUUUAACAAAUUUUGAUUAAUUCACAGUUGCAAGGUUGUGUUUAUCUCAGGAAUUUUCCAUGUGAUAGUAAUAAGGCUCAAAAAAGCACCAUUCUGGCAAGAAUUAAUUUCUUGUGAACGUCUGAAAGAGUGCAUAAACAUUUCAAAUUUCUUAUUUCGCUAUUUAAAUCCCCCAUGUUCUGACUCAAUAAAAUAUAACGAAGUACAAAA